GGAAGUCCAAGCCCAGGUCGCCCGGUGGGGGAAGCCCCGGUCAGGUCCGCAGCCCAAACGCUCCACGGCCCUGGACGUCAUGGCUUCCCCGCUGAAGCUGGAGCAGGACGUGCAGGGGAAGGUAGAUUCGUUUCGGGCCCGCAUCGCGCAGGAGGCCGAGGACCUGGUGUCCACCUUCUUCCCUCAGAAGCUGUUGGAGCUGGAUAGUCACGUCCAGGAGCUCCGCCUGCAAGACGUGUCCAGAAUCCGCUCGGUGCCGGCCCCGGGGCCCCCCGCCGGCCCCGACCCCGACCCCGCGGGGGACGGGCCUGACCGCCAUCUUCCGCAGACCGAGGCCUCGGGCAAAGCGCCGGCCCUGGCGGGCGGCGAGGGGCAGCUGCUGCGGAGCAACCAGCAUCUGGUGGAGCUGAUCGAGCGGGUAAAACCCGAGAUCGCGCUGCUGAGGGAGAAGUGCAACACGGUGCGCGUGUGGGUGCAGCUGCUCAUCCCGAAGGUGGAGGACGGCAACAACUUCGGGGUGUCCAUCCAGCAGGACACCGUGGACCAGCUGUGGACCGUGGAGAGCACGGCGGCCUCCUAUCUGCGCCGCUUCUCCACCUACUACAACACCAGGGCCAAGUUGGUGUCCAAGAUGGUGAAGUACCCGCAGGUGGAAGACUACCGGCGCACGGUGGCUGAGGUGGACGAAAACGAGUACCUGAACGUGCUCCAGAUCCUGCUGCACGUGCGGAACCAGUACGCCGCCCUGCACGACGUGAUCCUCAAAAACAUCGAGAAGAUCAAGACGCCUCGAGCCAGCAACACUGACAGCCUCUACUGAGGGCCCUGCUUGCACCCCUCUUUUCCGGGAGGUAGACGGGCUGUUUAGGCAGCCAGAGGGGGUUAUAAUGACACCGACUGAUGAGCCGACUGGAAACGUGCCUUACUGUUUAGUGACCGUUUCCUCCAGCUUAUCCCCGCACCGAAUACUUCUGGUGUAGUUCUUCCUUGCUUCUUCCUUGCCGAGAGCUUGGGGACAAGUCCUCAGGUAGAAGGCGGUAGGGUUGGCCAACGGGAAGAACUGCCAUUUUUCAAAGCAGCUUCUGUAGAUGAAUGUUGGCCAAGGUUUCUUUUUUAUGGCAUUGCUGACAUUGAAUGGUUUGAGAGAUUUACUCCAAGGAAAACCUGAAGUUUAAAAGAAAGCUAAGUGAAGCUUUUCCCUAAGGUUCUGCUGUUACUUUGUUCUAACCUCAGAAACGCUCCUUUUGCCGCCACUGUUUUGUUUUGUUUUGUUGUUUAUUGCUGCAAGGAAGGGAGUUUACAGGGAUGUAUUGAGGUUAUUGUAUGUCUCCAGUUUGGCAGAUUUGGUUUUAACAUUCUACAAUGUACUCAGCAUGCUUAUCAGAACCGUGGUCUUCGGGUAGAGGGUUUCCCUCCCACCUUGAGAGUUCAGCCCUGGAGUGUAAGAAAAAUGAGCGGAUAAUGAGUCCUAGCUCUUUAUUGUUCUAGAGAAAUGGACAUCCACACCUCCCUCGGGGUGAAGAGGCAUCUGUGAAGACUGCUUCCUUGCACAACCACCUUCUACCGUCUCUGCGUCUUUCAGUUUCCUCCCACACAAAUUAGGAUUUCCCCUGUGUAUUCACUUACCUCAGAAGAUCCUUUGGUUCACAUUUGCUUUUUCUUUUUUUUUCUCCAUUGGAUUUCAUCUCCCUUCCCCUCUUGCCUCUUGAGAUCUUUUUAGGGCCUCUCAUUUGAAUUUCCAUCUCCAAGGAUGUGGAUCCUUAUUUAAAUCUAAAGACAUUAAAAAUGUAACUUUGAGUGUCUUACUCCUGCUUUUGUUGCCUGGUUGAGAGGAAACCGUUGUCUUUGCCUCGGUGAGCCACGUGGUUGGGGUUCGUCAAGUCCAGCACUUCCAGAUUUCAGUUGCAGCAAAUCAUUGCACUGAGUCACCUCCUGCAUCACAGAGAAUUUCUUUCUUCUGAUGUGAAGAAUCCUUUCUCUGUAAUGGUUUUUGUUCAGAAUUUCAUGUCUUCUAAUGAUAGUCAGCUUUUUAGUGUUAAUACUGUCUGAGGAGCUUCACUGCACGGAAACACCGCCUGAGGGAGUUAUGGAAUAAUACGUUUGGAAAAAGCAUGAAUGGGAGUUGUGUGUGAUGCCUUCUUAUAUCUGGGAAUGAGAUGUUUCUGUGCACAGUGGAGCUUCAUGUCUUUUUUUUUCAUUCAACUACUUGUGCUCUGAAUCCUCGUAAUGUUUUUAAAACUAUAUGCAUACAUAACUGAUGACUGUAAUGUUUUAAAGUAUUUUAUAGUAAUACUUUCAGGCAAUAAAUUAUUU